AAGGGCCAAAAUUGGCUAUUUUGACCGUGUCUGCACAGUAGCAGCUUUAUUUAUGAUUUGAUUUUUAUCAAACUGGCACACAACUUGUAUCACCAUAAGAUCUCGAUUCCUUUCUUGAACUGGCCAGAUUCCUUUAUGGGUUCCAGAGUUAUGGCCCCUGAAAGGGCCAAAAUUAGCUAUUUUGACCUUGUCUGCACAAUAGCAGCUUCAUUUAUGAUUCGAUUUUAACCAAACUUGCACACAACUUGUAUCACCACAAGAUCUUGGUUCCUUUCUUGAACUGGCCAGAUUUCUUCAUGGGUUCCAGAGUUAUGGCCCCUUAAAGGUCCAAAAUUGGCUAUUUUGGCUUUUGCAGCCAUAUAGAGACUUCGUUUAUGGUUUUAUUUGAUACAAACUUCCAAAAUAACUUCAACAACAAUAAUUCUUUGAUUCCAUGACAAAUCAGAUCCAAGCGUAGGUUCAGAGUUAUUUUAUAUCUGAAUACCUCCCCUGAUUGUAAUCAAAAUGGAUUUAUAACAGUAAGUACUUAUUGUACUUAUUUGAAAUUUCAUUAUUGUCAUUAGUUGGACUGAGCCAAUCAGGGUAGAUAACUAUGGACUGAUUUUAUGUCAAAUUACCUCCCUUUAUUUCAAAUUAAAAUGGGUAUAUCUCCGUAACUACUGAAGAUGCUGAUCUGAAAUUUCAUUUAUGUCAACAGAUUUAUUUGGCAGAUCCUUCUUUUCUUCACUUACAAUAAUUUGUUUUUUAAUUACUUCCCUUUUACGUUACUAUAAAUAGCUUAUUUUUAGUAACUUUUUUAUUAUUGGCCGUAGGGAAAAACCGAGACUGGUACCUCCAAUUUGUAGGUGUAUUUUGACAUAUCUGUACCUUGUAAGAAUUUUUUUUUUCUUUUUGGUUAAAUUUCUUCCCUUUGUUGUUACUGUCCUUUGGACUUAGAUAUUUUUUCUGAGGACCUUCUUGUCCUCAAGUGCAAUGAUAACAGGUGAGCGAUAUAGGGCCAUCAUGGCCCUCUUGUUAGAAGUGCGUUUGAUGUCAUGUAUAUUUAUUCUCCAGGCAUAGUGACAUGUUUUUUUUUCAUACAAACAUGCAGUCCUUGUGUAAACGAAAUUGCAGUUAUUUUUUAGAAGUGCGUUGCCUUACAAUCCUGGAAUCAUCACGGAAUUAUCAUUUACUUUUUAGAAGUGCGUUUUAGUUUUCAUACAAACAUGCAGUCGUUGUGUAAACGAAAUUACAUUUACUUUUUAGAAGUGAGUUGCCUUACAGUCCUGGGAUCAUCACGGAAUUAACAUUUACUUUUUUUUAGAAGUGCGUUUUACUUUUCAUACAAACAUGCAGUCGUUGUGUAGACGGAGAAGUGCGUUUUACUUUUCAUACAAACAUGCAGUCAUGGUGUAGACGAACUUACAUUUACUUUUUAGAAGUGCGUUUUAAUUGUGACAAACACCUACAUAUAUAUUUUUUUUUUUUUCGUGAACUAGUGACUUUGAUUAUUCCAUACAGGAGAUGUUGUGUAUAAAAAAAACUAACAACAUCAAAGAUACCGAAUGAAUAAAGACUAUUUUUUCAUGUUAUCAUAACGUAUUCUGUCAUUAAUUAACUGCAAUUACCAGGUAUGCAUUUCGCAUUAAUUCACAGACGUUCAUCCUGAUAUUAUCUUUAGAAGUGUUAUUAUCUAUGUAUUUUCUUCAUGAUGCUUACAAAUAUGCAUAAUCACAAUUCCUAUACGAUCAUGGUGUGAUAUUUCAGACAUAAUAUUGCUGAUACCAUCUUUUCUGCUCUGUUAAAUGUAGAAGAAAGAAAGGAGUCAAGAUAAGAGAAUAGAUUAAGAAAUUAGGAUAUAAUAAAGGAGUAUUUUAUAAGUGAUUUUUUUUGGUAAACCGGAUCAUAUUCUCUAUAAGUAUUUUUUAUACAUCAUAAGUACGUAGUCUAAAUUACAAUCGUUAAAGGAUUUUUUAAAAAAAAUUUUUCCUUCGGAGGAAAGAAAGGAAAUUGUAAUGUAAUGGCCUAUUAUUUUAUUAUUGUGGGCCUGUUACUUUAUUAUUAUGACAUGUUCAUACUUAAAUUAUUAUUUUAUUCUAAAGAGAAGAAAGAAAGGAAAUUGUAAUGUAAUGGCCAGUUAAGCUUUACUUUAUUAUUAUGACAUGUUCAUACUUAAAUUAUUAUUUUAUUUUCAAGAGAAGAAAGAAAGGAAAUUGUAAUGUAAUGGCCAUUCAGGACAUAGUUAUGAAGUAAUAUAGAAACAGUUCAGUAUUCUAAAAUAUUGCUUCUCCGAAAUAUUAUACAUGUAUAAUUGUAUAUUGCUAUCCUAAGGUUAACAAAGUACAGUUCUUCUCUGUACCAGGUAUACAGGUAGCCAACUGGACGCUGGCAUGUUUCCAUUAUACAUUGCAGAUUCAUGCAGAUUCAGCAGUCCGCAGAAUGUCGUAUCACCAUAUUUGUAAUAACGCUCGGACAUGAUAGCUAAUUACCAACAAUGCUCUUGGCUAUAUUUCCUAUAUAACUCUGAUUAGCGGGAGAAAGCGGGGAACGGCACGGGGAACCGAACUGAAUAGACUCGAUUAGUUAUGGGUUAGCUGUCAUUGUCAGUGCGUCUCACUUUUCCUUAAGAACCUGGGUUGAACUUUAAAUAAAAACUGUUGACUUUCAAAGUGUUGUUUACUAUUCCUUUGUCACUGGAGUUUAUUACGUGACAGAGGUCACAAACAUAUCCCAAGGGCUUCUGCAGGCGUUAAUACACAAAACAAACGUGUAUUGUCUCUAUUCUUGCAUAAAAAAACAUUACACGACGACUAAAUGCAUUGUUUUCAUAUGUGAUGACUUGACGAUUCCGAGAUAACCUUUUCCAAGCUGAGGGGUACAGACUUGAAAGAAGAGAUCGAAGUGCUUAUGGUGGCGGAUUAGUUUCCUACAUACGUAGUGACAUCCCAGCCAGACGCAGAAAAUAUCUAGAAUCAAACAAUUUAGAAAACAUUUCUUAUGAGAUAACCAAGUGCACAAUUAAGUGAAAUGGAAAACCAGACCUUGGAAUCUUCAGGAACAUCUGGGAGUCAGGAUGGUUCAAAAGCUCAUUUACACCCCCGUGGUUAGUCCUGGCCCCCUAUUGACCUUGACUUAAUAGUCAAAUGAGAAGGAACACCAAACCUCGGGCUCACACAUUCUGAAGCUAGGAAUUGGGUACAUAUACCUAUAGAACAGUCAGAUGGAAGAGAAAACCAAGAUUCAGGACCUGAAGACCUGACACCAAGUGCUGCCUCAGAUGAUGAAAAUGUAAACCAGUCCAGUCUUCCACAAUCUGCACCAAUAGCUGAGGGACAAAUGCCAAGUGCACAGUUAAAUGAUGGAAACAGCCAUUCUUUGGAUCUUUCAAAUCCUACACCAGAGACUAUUGGUCAGAUAACAGGUCUAAACGUAGUGUCCAGAGGAACCGAUCAUCUUCCUCUGUCUCAGGAUAACAAGUCAGCCAUACCAAACAUAACAGAUUUACAUGAAAUAAACAGUAUACUCGGUGGUGACUGGAGAAAUCUGGCCCUGGUAAUUUCUACUGAUGAUAAUAGAAAGAUGAUUGGCAUUGUUGAAAAAGAGGCAGAGAAGAAAGUUAAAAUACACUUUGCAGAUGCCAGAGAGAAACAGAAGAAAAACUUAGAAGUACAAUUUGAUGUUACUUUAAAUGACCUUAUUACUCGGAUUGAGCAUCUUUUAUCUGCUGAUGUUCACUGGUUAUGCUUAGCUCAUUGUUUAGAGGAAGAACCAUGUGUCGAACUCACAAUGAUAACUAGAGUUUAUGAAGCUCUACCUGAUUUUAACACCUUUUGGGCUGCAUUUUCAAUGCCACAUUAUGACUCUGGACCUGAAACCGAAAAAAGAAAUCAGCAGAAUGGAGAACAAGAAGACAAUAAAAACAACACAUUUAUGGAGUUAAAUGUACUGAAGCAAGAAGUUGAAGACCAAGAUACAAAGGACCAUCUACCACAAACUUUCAGGGAGAAGAAGAAAUUCUGGAGGUUCAUUUUACAAGAAAACUUACUUAAAUAUGCAUCAUCUUUAAACAGUAAUGAACUUUCUAAGAAAUUUACACAGUUGUCACAAAUGAAAAUCGAUAAGGUAAAAUGGGAAGCAUAUUUGAACAAGCUUGGUAUCAGUCGGUUUAAAAAAAAGAAACCAGCAAGGCAUAACUGCAUUACCUAUGGUACGAAAAAUCCUGAUUUCUGCGGGGAGCAGGUCAUCGGAAAGAACAAUUGUGUAGGGAGUUUAGGAUGGGUACUAGCAAAUAGUGAUGGACCAGACUGUCAGCUUACAAGUUCUCAUGUUUUGUUAGAUGAAAGUAGACAUAAGGAAUUAAGCAAAGUAGAAAAUGAAAACAAAAUGGUAAAACUAAAGCAUACAUUUUUAUGCAAGUUAGGACGAGGAUGUGAUCUAGAAUGUUAUUGUUUCCGUAAAGAAAUAAUUGGCUUGAUCAGGUCUGGGUGUUACAAAAUUGGAGAUAAUGUAUCUGCUGGGGUAGAAAUUAUAGCAGUUGAAACUGGUAACCAGUAUAGGUUUUUUAAUAAAGACAUUCCAGCAGGAUACAUAUAUUAUCACUGGAAAAUGUUUGGAUUUCCUGAUACAUUGUAUUUUAGGUGUCAAUUUUGGAAUCAUAAGAAUAUUGAAAAGGGAAUGGUAGUGUUCAAACUAGGACACUCUACUGGUCUAACAAAGGGACGUCUACAAAGUAAGGAAUCUUGUUUUGAAUUUCCCCAUCCAUUUAGUAAGGAUAAAAAAAACCCUUCAUUAGUAACACUUCAUAAUCAAUAUGAAGUUGCUUGGGAUGAUCCAGAGUUUCCUUUCUCUAAAGAAGGUGAUUCUGGGGGUCCAGUAUUUACAGUUAACAAUGAAACUGGGGAAAUUACAGCUGUAGGACUACUGACUGGAAAUAAUGAGAAAAGAGAGGUAUCUUUUGUUACUCCACUAGAUCAAGUGCUUGAGAUUUUCGGUACUCAGUAUAGUCUUCGAAAUUUUGAAAUAACACUAAGGAAAAGACUAUGAACUGAAUUAAUUGAAUAUUUUUGUGCUCUGAACAUUUUCCAGUGCAUCUAAACUGUUUGGUAAGGUAUUAACCAAUUCAUUACAUACAUGUAUUGUUUGUAGAACAAGAUUUCAGAACAAAUAUCAAGUACUUUUCCCGUCACCCAAUGUCUGGUGUCUGUAUUCCGUUCAUUGUCCUGUCAAUAAUUGCUUCAAACAACAUCUUCUGAACUACAAGGCCAGUUUCAACCAAACUUUAUAGGAAAGUAAUUUACACAAGUGUUCCAUGUGUGACCAUUUACAAAGAUUGUUCAGAUUAUCCAAGUCGUGAAAAAACAAUGCUGCAAGAGCUAAAAAUAGGAAAUAUCUUUAAACGACAUUUCCUCCUAAACUGCUGUACCAAUAUCAAAAUAAUUUUACACAAGUGUGUCUUGGGUGACCCGCUACCAUGAUUUUAGAUGAAUCAAAUUAUUCUGAUAAUAAAAAUGGCAUCCAGAGAGUGUGGUCACUUUCCAAAUAUAGGAAACUUUUUGCCAAAUUCUAAAGUAAUUUCACUCAACUAAUCCUUGGGUAACCCUCUACCAAGAUUGUUCGGAUUACUUCUUUUUGUUAAAUAACAUAGCCUGAAAGGGUCUGAUCACUUUUCCAUAUAUGUAUAUGGUUGAAACUUUAAAAACUGUCCGAUUUUGAAAUAAUUCCUUUUGAUUCCAUACUCGAUGUAAAUGAGAUGUGAAACCAAAAUUUGUAGUCCUGUUUGGCGCCAUAUAACCUAUACUGUGUUGGUGCGCCGUAAAACCCAAAUAAAUAAAUAAAUAAAUAAAUUGAAAUAAUUUCACAAUGACCACCUACCAAGACUUUCAUACUAUUCUGAUUUGUGAAAAAUGGCUGCCAGAGCUGAAAAUAGGAAAAUCUUCCAAUGCCAUUUCUUCCCUGAAUCACUGGCCAAUUUCACAGACAUGUUCAUUGGGUGACUUGCUACUACCAUUGUAAUAUGUCAAAAUAAGAUAUGGCUACCAGGGGGUGGAUCUUAUUUUGCUUUAUAUGGGUCUACGGAAAAUCUUUUCCUUGGAAUCUACUGGCCAGUUUCAAAGUAAUUUGGCAGACUUGUUAUACCUGUUAAAGCUGUGAAACUUAGAGAGUGUUACAGGCUCAUUAUGGACAUUGAGCAGGUUCACAGUAUUAAGGCAUGGGAACUGAGAGGAAUCGGCAUGCCUGGUAUUAUAGUAUUUGUGUCACUGCUGAAAAUUGAUGUUUUGGUGUGUCUACUAUCAUUAAAUUUUACUUUUGAUCUUGUAGAAUUUUAUUAAUAAUUAUUGUACCCCCCGACAACAAAGUUGUAAGGGGGGGUAUACUGGUUUCAGGUUGUCUGUCUGUCUGUCUGUCUGGUCGUCUGUCCGUAGACGCAAUCUUGUGCGCACCAUCUCUCCUUAUCCCCUUGACAGAAUUUAAUGAAACUUCACACAAGUGAUCAGUAAUAACAGAAAUUGUGAUUAGUACCAACAGUAGUUGUGCAUGGGGCAUGUUAGGUUCUUUUAGAAAAAAAAAUUGCAGAGUUAUGGGACUUUGUUUUUUUGUUACUAUACUAUAUACAUAGACACAAUCUUGUGCGCACCAUCUCUCCUCAUCCCCUUGACACAAUUUAAUGAAACUUCACACAAGU